UCCGAAAUCUCAAAUUAGCGCUAACCAAGCCAAGAUCACUUUACAGAAAUACCCACAUCCAGUUUUCUUUCUUUUAGAAAAAACAACAACAUCCACGAAACAAACAAGCACCCCCGACAGGAAGGAAACUGUCGCCUUCGCGCAGCAAACCAACAACCCCCGUUAUUUCUCACAAUUAUUACCAGACAUUGGGGAUCGCUCGCGGUGCGACCACCGACGAUAUAACCCAUGUGUGCAAAGAACUAUUGAAGCUUUACCACCCCGAUAAGAGGGUAGGUAACUUAUCGUUCAAUACCUACCUUCGAUUUUCUCAGGUCGUUUGUGAAGCCCGAGAUGGGUUGUUGGAUAGGAACAUUCGCUACCAGUUGAACAUUAUGCUUGACACCGGAAUAUUACGUCCUCAUCACAGACCUCCCACCGAACCAAAGAUCGAACCUGAGCCAAAGACCGACCCUGCCGCCUCCUCAGCCACCCCACCAAAGCGUUCGUCGGCAUAUCCUUCAUUCUCACCACAACAUGCAAAGGAUUUCGUUGGGGGGGUCACUCCGACCAAACGCAAGCACGAUGACGAAGAGGCUGAACGCCGUUUUUUUACACCACCCCCGAGCAUGCCAACCCGUUCGGUGACACUAGUCGAUCAGAUUAAUCCCUAGAUUCUUGAAUGACUAUGCAAUGUGCCACUGUGCGGUUACAAGCCAUAUUGGUUGGUUAGCCAUCUAUCACAAUCUAUCAACCGAGGGCCAUUUGAAGAAUAACCUGAACGAUGUCAAGUUGGAGGUGAUCUACAACUACACCACGAAAGAAGAAGAUGCAAAUUUGCAACAGCACUACUUUGCAUAUCUGGUUACAUACAUUACAAGUGUUCGCCCUGGCUCUAUUACUGUGUGUGCAGGUUACGAAGCAGACCCAGAACGAAACAUCCUUGUGGACGAAACUUUGAGAUGGAGUGAUGUAGAUUUUUAUAUUACCCCUGGCAACCGAGGUAUCGCAGUUAGACUGCUUUUCCGAUACAUUAAAGGAUACCGCGACCCACAUGGGAAGUUGAGAUUUGAUCCACAAAGAACUUUUAAAUUCCUUCCAACCAAGACAACUCGAUACCAUUUAGACCUCACGUUUAUUCUCACCGGAUUAGCCUUCCAACGCGGCUUGUUUGGCCCGGAAUUUCCUACCAUCGAAUCGUUGCAUUUACGCAAGACAUUCCAGCCACCAAAGGUAGACCGCGUUAACGCUCGUCCUAUAUUGUUGCAAAGUACAAAGGGGGAUACUCUUUUUGAGGCCAAGGCAAUGAAGACGGCCGGUUUAAAUCCCCGCUUGAGUACCACGCUUCUCACACUUGGUUUUGUUCAGCGCUUCACCAUGUAUAAACUUAGAAGUUGGGAAACUUUAUGAUGUGAUGGUGAAGUUGAAGAUGACAAGUGAAGUGUGUCGGAAUCCGUACUACUAUCAGGUAGGUAGUUGGGUAUUGGUCUAAGCUCGAGUUCAACCUCACUUCAUCCAAAGCAUGACUUCAAGCAUUCAUGAGAUAGAACAUGCAAUAUCAAAAGAUAGCAAAUUAUAAUUUGAAUGUACUACAAAUCUCUCUUCGGUCUCCGCACUCAGAAAAAUAGAGGUAUAUGACCAAAGUCUCUUGUGGAUAUUGUAAUCGACAAACGCAAGAGAGAGAGGGAUCGAAGGAAUAUGGAGGUUGAUAACAACAAGCUUGUGGUACUAAAAUAUAAUGCAAAAAUCAUUUCAAUGCCGCAAAAUUGUAUCCCUUGCGCUUGACAGAGACAUAGCAAAUUUUCAGAGAAGGAGACCUACAGUACGUCCCGACCUCCCCUCU